AUGAGCAACGAUCAACGUGACCAGAAAAAGGACAGUGGUGACGGUUCAGAGUCGAAAUCCGGCGCUAACGGCGAUCGCUCUGAUAGUCCAGGCGCUGGCGGCAAUGAAAAUGGUCGUGAUCGCGACGAUGUUUGCCGCGAUUUCCUUAAGAACAUAUGCAAUCGCGGCUCACGCUGCAAAUUCUACCAUCCCACCGACGCCAAGCAGCGCAAUGAAGAUAUGAUCAAUUUCUGCAUCGACUUCCAGAAUCGCGGCUGUAUGCGCGACAACUGCCGCUUUGUGCAUGCGUCGCGCGACGAAGUCGAACGGUACAAGCACACGCGCGAAGUGACGCUACCACUUGCGCGAGCUAUCGCUGCCGUUACUCAAGGCGACACUAUCGCGGGGAUUCCAGUCUGCAAGGAGUUCCAAUCCGGCAAAUGUGCUCGCGGUGCGCAGCGUUGUCGCUACUGGCACGUGAACGUAGAAGAGGAGCGCGAACGACGACUGCGUGGGCUUCCUCCAUCAGGUGGGCCUCUUGGAAGAUUUGGUGGGGCACCUGGUGGACGUUACGGUGGAUCAGGUGGCCCUAUGUAUGGAGUGCCACCAUUAGGUAUGCGACGAUCUGGCCCGCCGCUAGAUGGGCCAUAUGAGAAGAGAUCGCGUAUGGAGGAAAGCCGUGUAACUGAGUUAGAGCGCAAAAACGCGGAGCUUUCGAAGGAAGUGGAAACAUUGAAACGAGAACUGCAGCGUGAGCACGAACGCUACGAGGACCUGUAUGCGCUUUUCCGCCAGCAAAGCAGCGGAGCAACUGCGGCCCCUUCGAAACCUGCGGCGCAAGCUAGCUAUGGCGGAGUAGGCGGCUAUGGAAAUUGGAACACUAGCGGCGCUUGGCAGUAG